UACAAUGCUUCUUCCCCCACUCCUCUCUCUACAUUCUCUCACCCAUUUUCUGGAACAAACAAAAUCAUUCUCAAUCCUCAUUCAUUCCUUCACUCACAACCACAAUCCUCUCAUUGCUUUUAAAAAACAAAAAAACAAAAACUCUUAAUAUGGACCAGCCUAGAUUCGUGAUCUCGGCAACGGAGGCCCAACUCCUGGCCCAAUCCUCCGGCCUCCCCUCCGUCAACGAGGUCCUUCCAACCCUCGUCCCUACAGCCCAAUCCCUAGCCCGUCCUCCGAUCUCGAAAUUCCCCGUCGCCGCCGUAGGAGUCGGGAAAUCCGGCCGCAUCUUCAUCGGCGUCAACCUCGAGUUCCCUGGGCUCCCCUUCCACCACACCAUCCACGCCGAGCAGUUCCUCGUCGCCAACCUCCUCCUCAACUCGGAGCCCUCCCUCGUCUCAUUCGCCGUCUCCGCCGCGCCGUGCGGACACUGCCGCCAGUUCCUCCAGGAGCUUCCAAACGCCACCGACCUCAAAAUCGUAAUCACAAACCAAAGAAACCCAAACUUCUCCCCUCUCUCCCAAUUCCUCAACCACCGCUUCGGUCCCCGCGAUCUUCUCCCUGAUUCCGUUCCAUUACUCUUGGAGCCUCACAACCAUGGCUUGUCACUGCCAAACAAAUUCAACUCAAAUGAUUUCGAUCUGAAACUUGUGUUCGCGGCUUUAGAAGCCGCGAAUGCAUCUCACGCGCCGUACAGCGCGUCGCCUUCGGGCGCGGCGGUUAUGGAUUGCGAGGGGAAGGUGUAUAGAGGAUCGUAUAUUGAGUCAGCGGCGUAUAAUCCGAGCCUGGGGCCGCUUCAGGCUGCUAUUGUGGCUUACGUGGCGGGUGGAGGCGGCGAUUACGAGAGGAUAGUGGCAGCGGUUUUGGUGGAGAAAGAUGGCGCGGUGGUGAAACAGGAACACACGGCGAGGUUGCUCCUUCGGGCUAUCUCGCCCAAGUGCGACUUCAAGGCAUUGAUUUGUAGUCCCAAAAAUGAAGACUGAAUUCUCAAAUUUGCCCCGUUGCAAUAAUAAUAUUGGAUAA